AUGGGAGCUUUGACCAGCAGACAGAACGCAGGAGUGGAAGAGGUCGAUAUACCGUCCACCUCGGUGUACCGCUAUCCACCUAAAUCUGGAAGUUAUUUUGCUAGCCACUUCAUCAUGGGCGGGGAGAAGUUUGACUCCACCCACCCCGAGGGAUACCUGUUCGGAGAGAACACCGACCUCAACUUUCUGGGAACCAGACCAGUGGUGUUCCCCUAUGCAGCCCCGCCACCUCAGGAGCCAGUGAAGACGCUACGAAGCCUUAUAAACAUCCGUAAGGAUACGCUGAGGCUUGUACGGUGUAGUGACGGCCUGAAGCUGCCAGGGGAGGAAGUGGCAGGGAAAAGCAAAGCCUGUUACAGCAUAGAGUUCACCUUCGAUGCUGACACACAGGUGGCCAUCACCAUCUACUAUCAAGCUAUAGAGGAGUUCCACAACGGAGUGCCAAUUUACCUUCCCCAGGACAGCUCUCUCCAGUCAGAAAUGGUGCACUUUAAGAGAGGAGUCUGUCAGCAGUUCUGUCUGUCCUCGCACUCCGUCAACCUGUCAGAGUGGGCCGAUGAGGAGUUGCUGUUUGACAUGGAUAAGGAUGUGUUUCCCAUGGUCAUUCAAGCGACAGUAGACGAGGGGGAAGAUCACAUGGGUCACUCCCAUGUCCUCCUGGCCACCUUUGAAAAGCACAUGGAUGGAAGCUACUGUGUCAAACCUCUGAAGCAGAAACAAGUGGUAGAUGGAGUGAGUUACCUUCUUCAGGAGAUCUACGGCAUCGAGAACAAGUACAAUAGCCAAGAAUCAAAGGUUGUGGAUGAUGAGAUCAGUGAUAACAGUGCGGAGUGUGUGGUGUGUCUGUCGGACGUCCGCGACACACUCAUCCUGCCCUGCAGACACCUGUGUCUCUGCAAUGCCUGCGCCGACACACUCCGCUACCAGGCCAACUGUUGCCCCAUCUGCAGACUGCCGUUCCGGGCACUGCUGCAGAUCCGAGCAAUGAGGAAGAAGCUGAGUCCUCUCUCUCAUGCCAGAUUUAACCCCGUCAUCACCUCCCAGACCUCUGACUCAGAGGAACACUCGGUGUCGGAUCACAUUCCCCCAGGGUAUGAGGUCGUGUCCCUCCUGGAGGCUCUGAACGGGCCCCUGAGCGUGUCUCCCUCUGCCCCCCCUCUGCAGGACCUCUCUGGGGGCCACAUCUCGGGGACCCUGCCCCCCUACAGCAGUGAGACCCACCCCGCCCCGGCACACUCCAUGUCCCCCCUGGACCACUCCAACUCAAGCCAGGGACUCAAACUGAAGAAGAGCGGCUCCAAGUCUCCCCCCCAGAAUUCUUCGGUGCUGCCAGGGGAGGAGGGAAAGAAGUCACAACACAGUGAAUCAGAGGUUCAGGCCUGCCGCCGGAAACAACAACUUGAGAGUGGUGUAACUUUAGAGAGUGGGCGGAGCAGGUGUCCAGAGUUGGCCAAUAACAAUCACGCCCUCUGCGACACACCCUGUUUGGGGGGGCUGGACAAUGAGCAGGUUCCCGACUGCCGAUUCGCCGGUCUGAUGUAUCUGGGAGGAUAUAAGCCAGUGUUGGAGCCCCUCUCCCACCAUGCCUCCACCAGUAAUAUCAACCUGGAGGAGCAGGGGGUGGAGACAAUGGACAGUCAGAGUACCAAACACAUACCUCCCACACCACGCCGCUGA